AUGAAUCCUGACAUAACUAGAGAGCGUGAGAACGCUACAUUUAACGUGGAGAAACUCACACAUAUUCUGGACGGUGGCAUCGAGAAGACCAAAAGAAGAAGAGAAAUUGGUAAGGUUGGAAUGUCUUGUAGUGUCUCGUGUGUGUAGCCUCUUUGGUUGCAAGGUAAAGCAUCAUGAAACAAGUGUAAACAAAACAUUGAACUAGCAGCUAGCUAGCUAACAAAACAAGUUGAUAGCUAGCUAGCUAUCCAACAUUAGUUAAGGUUGGUUAUACAUAGCCUGGGCAGCCGAUAGUGGUCGCUAGAUCUGCACGGCCACUAUCGGCUGCCUGGGCUAGGUUAACAAGUUAGUUAUCUAUCUGUUGUAACAGUAGUUAUAACCAGUCAGCUGUUGUUUAUAAUUGUGAGCCAAUGACAAGAUGAAGACCAAUUUUCGCAUUCAUUGUAACUGUGCAUGCUGUUUAUGAAAUGCAUGCUGUUUGUGUAAAAACAAGGCUCUGAUUUGCAUUGUCAGAUAACAGCCAGCUAGCAGCAACCUUGCUAACUAGAAAGUUAGAUUAUAGCGACAGUCGUUGGUUGACCCACUGGCUAUUAGUAUAGUAAAGGUUGACCCCAUGCAGGGUUCAUUAUGGCAUCAUAUAAAAAUAAAUAAGACAGAUGAUAUGGGGUGCAUUAUGUUGUAGAUAGAAAUGUAGCUAAGGAUAUUAGACACAAUUAUUUAUCCAAUGGUAAUACUGCACAAUCUGCACAUAAUGUUCGACCUAGUCUCGCAUUGCCACCCUUCCAAAAUCCCGUCUUGUGUGAGAAGCCUGGGUUUCCGAGGCUAUGCUCCACCCUGAUGUCUUAAUCCCCCAAUUUUCUCUAUCCCCCACAGAGUCACUGGUGAUCAGUGACCCAGACUUCCAGAGUGAGGACCUCAACUUCCUGUCCAGGAGCGAGCGAUACGAUGCCGCCGUGAAGAAGAGUGCCCAGAUGAUCCUGAAGCUCAGA